AUGAAGGAUGGGAUUGGAAUCGGUUGGUGGGGUCUUGGGCUUAAUUGGAGCAUCCAAAAGGUCCGUCCAAUUGCUGAUUCAACAUCCGUAGCACAGCACUGGGCAUGGGCGAUUUCUGGGUCGGCGCUUGAUUUUCAAUUUUGGACAAUGGAUGAGCUCAGCCCUAGUCCUCAGUCCAAAGACUCGGCUGCCUCUUCGUGGCGUCCCAGCCAGCUCGUCUUUGGUCCCUAUUCCACGCAGACGCAGAGUGAAGCUCCCAAUAGCAAGUCCCAAACUUUGCGUGUCGUUGUCACAAAACCCUUUGUGGCUAGGCUAACCAAGGACAUAGUUGAAACAUACCAUAUAUGCAAUCCACAGUUUAAGUAUUCAGAAGAAUUGAAUCCAAAGAGAUAUUUGACCAGCCCAUCAAUUGGAGUACUCAACGAUGGCUAUGAUAAUGUUAACUCGGAUCUUAUUCUGACUGUAAACUUUGUCCUGGUCAAUCUAGACACGCAGCGAAGAUACGUUGUCAAAGAUGUUCUUGGCCAUGGGACAUUUGGCCAGGUUGCUAAAUGCUGGGUUCCAGAGACUAACAGCUUUGUAGCUGUGAAAAUCAUAAAAAAUCAACCAGCAUACUAUCAACAAGCCCUGGUUGAAGUAUCCAUUUUGACAACGUUAAAUAAGAAGUACGAUCCUGAGGAUAAGCAUCACAUAGUUCGUAUUUAUGAUCACUUUGUAUAUCAUCGUCAUUUGUGCAUUUGCUUUGAACUGCUGGAUACGAAUCUGUAUGAGCUUAUCAAGAUAAAUCAUUUCAGGGGACUAUCCCUGACCAUUGUCCAAUUGUUUUCUAAACAAAUUCUACAUGGAUUGGCUCUGUUAAAAGAUGCUGGGAUAAUUCACUGUGAUCUGAAGCCAGAAAACAUUCUUUUGUGCACAAGUGUUAAGCCAGCAGAAAUUAAAAUUAUUGACUUUGGAUCAGCAUGUAUGGAAGAUCGAACUGUUUACUCCUACAUUCAGAGUCGUUACUACAGAUCUCCAGAAGUUCUUCUUGGAUACCAAUAUACCACUUCUAUUGAUAUGUGGUCCUUUGGAUGUAUAGUUGCUGAAUUGUUUCUGGGAUUGCCAUUAUUCCCGGGAGCUUCAGAAUUUGACCUCCUAAGGCGAAUGAUUGAAAUACUUGGAGGACAACCCCCUGAUUGUGUACUUAAGGAGGCAAAAAACACGAGCAAGUUCUUUAAGUGCAUUCGGAGUGUGCACAAUGUGGAGAAUGGGGAACUUUCUGCAAGUCGAAAAAGUGCUUAUCAAGCACUAACAGAAGAAGAAUAUGAAGCUAGAGAGUUGAAAAGACCAUCAAUCGGGAAAGAGUAUUUUAAUCGUAUGAACCUCGAAGAAAUUGUUACAAACUAUCCGUAUAGAAAGAACUUACCUAAGGAAGACGUGGUUAAAGAAAGUCAAAUACGACUAGCUUUGGUUGAUUUUUUGAAGGGACUUGUUGAGUUUGAUCCUGCAAAACGCUGGUCGCCUUUUCAGGCUUCAAAACACCCUUUUGUUACAGGGGAACCUUUUACACGCCCUUAUAAACCUCCCUUGGAGACCCCUCGCAUGCCUGUUGCUCAAAACAUAAGGGUGGAUCAUCACCCUGGUGGGGGCCAUUGGUUUGCUGCUGGUCUCUCUCCUAAUAUUCCAGGCAGAAAUAGAGUCUCCAUGCAUAGCAGCCCUCAUUUUCAGGUGGUGCCAUAUGCACAUGCUAAUAGCUACGGCAGUGUAGGAAGCCAUGGUAGUUAUAAUGAUGGUACUGGACUAGGAAGCAGCUAUGGAAGUUAUGGAGAUACUAGUAAUGUGUUCGCUUAUUAUUCUCCAGUUGGCCCAUCUGGGAUGAACAUGCAUGCACAAGGCAAUGUGCCGAUGCUCGGAAGUAGCCCGGAUGCAAGACGGAGGAUUAUUCAAUAUUCACAUGGAAAUGGACUUGGUAUGAGUCCUUCGGCAGGAAGUUUUGCUCCUCUGCCACUAGGCACUAGUCCUUCACAAUUUACUCCACCAAGCUCCUACAGUCAAGUUUCUGCCGGCUCACCAGGACAUUAUGGUCCCACUUCUCCAGCAAGAGGCAGUUGUCAUGGUUCACCUUUAGGAAAGAUGGCUGCAGUUAGCCAGUUUAAUAGACGAAAAAGCUGGGGAUAUCCUGGAGGUUCUCAAACUCAAGAGAGUUCAUCUUCACACUGGCAAGGGCAAGCAACUGACGGCACCAGUUCUAACCAAGCUGAGGGAAACUCUCAAAUACUAGGUAGUUCACCAUCACAUCUGCAUUUAAGCGCUAAUGCUGGAAGCUGGAAGCAGCAGCGAGGAGGCAGUGGUAUUUCUCCUGGUUACUUAGCCAUUCAGAGCAUGCCAGCUUCCUUCGCAGUUGGUUCCAAUAUGCAAUUCCCAAAUACCACAGGAGUGGCUCAUGAAAAGCCCGAGGCUAGCCUGUCAUUGCCUGAUCCUGGGGAUUGGGAUCCCAAUUAUAGUGAUGAACUUCUUCUACAAGAAGAUGGUUCAGAUGUAAGCUGCAUUACUACUGAGUUCAGCCAAGGCAUGCAUCUUAAUUCUGCAGAAAAAUUGGUUGGGGUGGGAAGAUUUAAUCGUGUGUCAAAUACGAGCGCAGGCCUAUCCUUUCAAAGACAAAAUGGGCCCAUUCAAUCGUAUUCACAUGCAGAGGUGGGUAGCCCUCCUUCAACUAAUGAACCACUUGCUGGAUACACACGCUUGCCAAAACCUUCUCAUUUUCCACAUAUAUCACAAAAUUCUCCAAGCCGGCUGGGACAGCAAUAUCAGCGGUCCAGUCAAGGAAGACCCACCAAUUCUCGUGGUGGUGAUUGGAAUCAUAUGAAGGUGCAGGCUCCUCCUCCCAAUUUUAAUUCUGGUGGCCCACUUUCUCCGGGAAAUAGCUCAUUCAGCAACGGCAUGUCAUGGGGGCGUAGAGCCAGUCAUCCUGUCACUAGCAUUCCACCUGCAUCCCGAGGAAGAAAGGACUAUGGAAGGAUUGCCUAA